AUGAAAUUGAAUUUGGAUAUUCUCUAUGUAUCCACUCAGGCUGCUCGUAAAUCUGCACCAACCACUGGUGGAGUCAAGAAACCUCAUCGUUACCGUCCUGGAACUGUCGCACUCCGUGAAAUCCGUAAGUACCAGAAGAGCACUGAGUUGCUGAUCAGGAAGCUCCCAUUCCAGAGGCUUGUCCGUGAGAUUGCUCAAGAUUUCAAGACCGAUCUGCGUUUCCAGAGCCAUGCUGUGUUGGCUCUCCAAGAAGCUGCAGAGGCAUAUCUGGUUGGUCUCUUUGAAGACACUAACCUUUGUGCAAUCCACGCCAAGCGUGUCACCAUCAUGCCCAAGGAUAUCCAGCUCGCUCGUCGUAUCAGAGGUGAGCGUGCUUAA